AUGGAUCUGGCUACGACGACAGGAUCGUCGACGGCGUCGCCCAUUGUGGCAUCGGACGAUUUCACCGAGUCAGCCGCAUGGACGGCCGAGACCGAGAUCUCUGCCAACGAAGUGGUGGAGAAGGAGAAGCUGGUGCGCGAGAUCAUGGCGAUGCAAGAUGGAUUGCGUGCGCUCGUCAACCGCGUCAAUACGGUCAAGGACGACUGCAAGAAGGCGGAAGCCGACAACGAGAUGCUUCAGACCUACAUCGACUCAGUCACCAAAAGCCUAGCAGCCAAACAACGAGGCUAG